GCGCGGGCGCGGGCGCGGGGGCGCGGGGCGGUGGGGGCAGAAAGGAUGCGGCCAAUUCUCUGCCUAGGGCCUCUUUGGACUCUUACUGGGCACUUCCUGCCUAUCAGGAGACGGGAAAGCGGAGUCCUUGGCAGCAGCCGGCAGCGCACCCCUUCCCGAACCACCUGGACCCUCAAAGACGGAGUGGCCCAAGCCUGGCAGCCCCUAACCAUGGGGGGAGGGGAUUGGGAGCGUUUUCCAUUCCUGGAAACCCACCUGAAGAGGUGCUUCUUAGCAGGGAGGGGGAGGACCAACACGGGGAAAAGGAACAGCAGAAACUCCCCCGCGCUUUGGGAUCUCCUGCCGAGGGGACAAAAUUCCUAUCAAUAGAGUCCGUGAGGACGCAGAGCCCUGGAUUUAGGACUUGCACUUGGCAUCGUGCGGUGCUGCCACCCUGGGCGGGGAGAUGGAAAGGGUGGCCAGAACAUCCAGUCCUGGGCAGAGUGAGGAGGCAAAGCGCUCUCAGGCAUCCCAAGCCCUCUCUCUGCCCCAGCCGCCUUUCUGGACUUUGAAACCGGGGCAGGACCCAGAGGGAGAGAGCAGGGUCCGAAGGCUCACUUAACCCUGGGGAAGAUGCCUGACCUUUGGGUCUUCUCUCACUCAUUUAAAAGGUCUUGUUCUAAUCCCCCUCCACCUUCACUCACUUCUUUUAGGCAAAGAGGAGAAGUUUUCAGCGUCAGCCUCUUUAUCUCUAAGAUGGGGGUGGGGUGACCUUGGACAAGUCAUUUAACUCCCUUGGGGUUCCCAUGGGUCCUCAGUGAAAGCAGGAGGUUGCUCCUCUGAGGUUGCUUCUGGUACUGGAUCUGGGAGGCUCUGAUCCCUCCCUGGUCUACUGUUCAGUGACAUUUUGAAGAAGAAUUUAAUUAAAUUGGCAUGUUUGCUACAACCCGUAAGCCGGCUUUAUUCAGAGAAGGUUGUGGUGCCGAGCUGCUGACUCCCUUCCUUCCUUCUCGAGUCUCCCGCUAUCUCCCUCUUGAAAGGGCCCCUCUAGCCAGCAGAAGCUGCUCUAAGCAGGAGGGCUCCGUGGUCUCCCCUGGACUAGCCCCCUGUGUGGAGCCCGUAGGUGGCCCAUCUGAAAUCCUUGGUGUGGAGCCGUUGGGCCAGGGCGGGCCGGGCCGGCAGGUUCUGGUAAUCCCCUGGACCACCCAUCCCGGUCCCGGAGUCUCCAGAGGAUGGGGGAGCGCUUGGUGCUUGCGCCGGGGCUUGGAAGCUCUUUGUGCCUCCGAAUGGUCAGUGUUCCUGCGGUGAGGGCGCCUGGGGCAGGGCUGCUGCCCGCCGCUCCAGCCACUCUCUACUCCGGGCCUCUGCGGCCUCGUCUCCGAAGGGACGGGCUUGUGCUUGCCCUGCUUGGCCUCGCCUGCUUGGCUUCCGAGGAUCCGGAGCGGAUGGUGCUUUCUGGCUCCGCGCGGUCCGGCCUGCGGGUUCUCCCCUGGGGAGCUCAGAGCACGGGGUAAGGAAGGGCCCGGCGUGAGCGCCCGCAGCCCACCUCACACAUCACUAGCCGGAGGACAGCCCUCCCCAGCCUGCACGGGCCAGCGAGCCACACGCGCGCCCAAGGGCGACGGCCCCCAUCAGCUCCCUUUUCUCCUCCCACAGGUUUUAGAAGAAGUCUUGGACUGUGAAUUGGGGCUUUGGGUGGCGACAACAUGGCCUCGCCGGCAGACAGCUGCAUCCAGUUCACCCGCCACGCCAGCGACGUCCUUCUCAACCUGAAUCGCCUUCGGAGCCGAGAUAUCCUGACCGAUGUGGUCAUCGUGGUGAACCGGGAGCAGUUCCGGGCCCACAAGACCGUCCUCAUGGCCUGCAGCGGCCUCUUCUACAGCAUCUUCACGGACCAGCUGAAGUGCAACCUGAGUGUGAUCAACCUGGACCCCGAGAUCAACCCCGAGGGCUUCUGCAUCCUGCUGGACUUCAUGUACACGUCCCGCCUGAACCUGCGCGAGGGCAACAUCAUGGCGGUGAUGGCCACGGCCAUGUACCUGCAGAUGGAGCACGUGGUGGACACGUGCCGGAAGUUCAUCAAGGCCAGCGAGGCGGAGAUGGUGUCCGCCCUGAAGCCUCCCCGGGACGAGUAUCUGGCCGGCCGGAUGCUGCUGCCCCAGGAGGUCAUGGCCUACCGGAGCCGCGAGGUGGCCGAGAGCGGCGGCCCCCUGCGGAGCGGGCCGCUGUGCGACGGCCGAGCCUUCGGGCCCGGCCUCUACAACGGGCUGAGCGCGGCGCCGGCCUCCUACCCCGUGUACGGCCACCUGCCGGUGAACGGCUUCUUCGACGAGGAGCUGCGGGACGUGCGCGUGCCCAUGGCCGACCUGCCGCGCGCCGCCCCGUACCCCAAGGAGCGCGGGCCCCCCUGCGACGGCCCCCGGCCGCUGGCCGACUACAGCCGCGCCGUCAUGGAGGUGUCGGCCAACAUGUGCCACGGCAGCAUCUACUCCCCGAAGGAGGCCGCCCCGGAGGAGGGGCGCAGCGAGGCGCACUACGGCGGCAGCGAGGCGGGCCCCAAGCCGGCCGCGCCGUCCGCCCGCGGCGCCACCUACUUCGCGGCCUGCGACAAGCCCGGCAAGGAGGAGGAGCGGACGUCGUCCGAGGACGAGAUCAGCCUGCACUUCGAGCCCCCCAGCGCGCCCCUGCACCGCAAGGGCCUGGUGAGCCCGCAGAGCCCCCAGAAGUCCGACUGCCAGCCCAACUCGCCCACCGAGUCGAGCAGCAGCAAGAACGCCUGCAUCCUGCAGGGGGCCGGCUCGCCCCCCGCCAAGAGCCCCGGCAGCGACCCCAAGGCCUGCAACUGGAAGAAGUACAAGUUCAUCGUGCUCAACUCCCUGAACCAGAGCGCCAAGGCCGACGGGCCCGAGCAGGCCGAGCUGGGCCGCCUGUCGCCGCGCGCCUACGUGCCCACGUCCACCUGCCAGCAGCCGCUGGAGCCCGAGAACCUCAACCUCCGCUCGCCCGCCAAGCUGGGCGCCGGCGCCGAGGACGCGGCCAUCUCGCAGGCCAGCCGGCUCAACAACAUCGUCACCAGGUCCCUGACCGGCUCUCCCCGGAGCAGCACUGAGGGCCACUCACCACUGUACCUGCCCUCGUCCAAGUGCCGCUCCUGCGGCUCCCAGUCCCCGCAGCAUUCGGAGAUGUGCCUUCACUCCACAGGCACCGGAUUCCCCGAGGAGAUGGGAGAGACCCAGUCAGAGUACUCGGACUCCAGCUGUGAGAACGGCGCUUUCUUCUGUAACGAGUGUGACUGCCGCUUCUCGGAGGAGGCGUCCCUCAAGCGGCACACCCUGCAGACGCACAGCGACAAGCCUUACAAAUGUGACCGCUGCCAGGCCUCCUUCCGCUACAAGGGCAACCUCGCCAGCCACAAGACCGUCCACACAGGGGAAAAGCCCUAUCGGUGCAACAUUUGUGGCGCCCAGUUCAACCGGCCGGCCAACCUGAAGACGCACACUCGCAUCCACUCUGGAGAGAAGCCGUACAAGUGCGAGACCUGUGGAGCGAGAUUCGUGCAGGUGGCCCACCUGCGCGCCCACGUGCUCAUCCACACGGGCGAGAAGCCCUACCCGUGCGAGAUCUGCGGCACCCGCUUCCGGCACCUGCAGACCCUCAAAAGCCACCUGCGCAUCCACACGGGAGAGAAACCCUACCAUUGUGAGAAGUGUAACCUGCAUUUCCGCCACAAAAGCCAGCUUCGGCUUCACCUGCGGCAGAAACAUGGCGCCAUCACCAACACCAAGGUUCAGUACCGUGUCUCUGCUGGCGACCUGCCCCCGGAACUCCCCAAGGCUUGCUGAGAGCAUCGCAAAGGGGCCCCCUCUCUGGAAGUUAUCCAAAGGAUACUGUAACACUUUACAAAAGUCCAUCCCAUGAUGCAGUGCCUCUUCUCAUCCGUUUGUGCAGAUCAUAAAGGGGGUUGGAGUUGGGGGGGUGGGGGUGGGGGCGGGACUGGGGAAAACCAAGGGGGAAGAAACAUGUAAAUCCUCCCACUCACCCAGUGACAUAACUUAAAAAAAAACCAAGCUCAAUCUCCUAUGUGUUAGGGAAACUCUAUCAGUGAAAAAGGAAAAGAAAGGUCAUUUUACCCAUCAGCCUACGGGGGGAGUGCACAGAAGCUUUGGAAUCUGACUUGACUUGUUCUGAAAAAUGAGGAAUGUAUAUGUUUUGUGGGAACAGAUGUUUCUUUUGUAUGUACACGUGCAUUCUUUUAAAAGAAGAGAAUUCAGUAUGUUAUAACAGAGAGGGCUUUAAUUUUUUUAACCAAAGGUGAAGGAAUGUAUGGCAGAGUUGUAAAUAUAUAUAAAUAUAUAUAAUAAAUAUAUAUAAACCUCAAAAAGAUAUAUUAAGAAUAAAACUGCAUUAAAGGCUCGAUUUUGUAUCUGCGGGCAGACACGGAUCUGAGAAUCUUUAUUGAGAUAGAGCCCUUACAAAAUAUUUUAAGUAUUGCAUCUGUGUAAGUAAGAAGAUAUUUUGUCUAAAACGCCUCAGUGUAUUUGUAUUUUUUUGCAAGUGAAGGUUUACAAUUUACAAAAGUGUGUAUUAAAACAAAACACAAAAAAGCUGCAGAAGGAAAAAAAUGCGUAAUUUUGUUCUAGUUUUGAGUUUGUAUAUAUCCGUACAACGUGUACUCACGGUGCCUUUUUUCCAUGGAAGUUUUCAAUGUAUGGACUAGAUGAGCCCCCUUCCUUUUCGAGGCGCAGGCAGACACGGGGACUUGAAGCUGGCGCUCACUACGCUCGUCGGGAAUGGUCGCCGUCUCCCGCGCUGCCGCACGCUUGCAUUACGGACGUCCUCCGGAGACAGGGUUGGGCUGUGUCUAAACCGCAUCACUGCAUUGUAAAAUAUAGCUGUAUAAACCCAAGAAUAAAACGAUGAAACGUGAA